AAUAUUUGAAGUCUAUUUCGAGCAGCCGCUGAGUAAGGCGAACUGCGCUCAACGAAACAUGAUCCAAGCACGAAGCUGCACUCUCCAAGACUGUUUUUUAUUGUAAAAUAACGUCACCCUUUCUCCAUUAUCAAAAAUGAAUCGUGCGUUGAAACGGGAAUGUGAGGGGGAAGAGCCAGAAAUGGAGGAAAUGCAGGACGUGGGGUCAGAAAUGAUCAACAUAAACGACGAAGAGGAGAUUGAGGAGCUUCAAAAUAGUUUAAAGGAAGCUUUGCAAGAUCCAUCUGUGAAACCCAAACUCCAGUGCCUGAUGGUGGAUCCAUCCUUCUCAAUGGUGACUGUUCAGAGUGAGGACAGUGGGAUAGUAUGGGAGACUGCAUCCAGUAGAUGCUCAACACCAUGGGCCUCAGAGGGAAGUUCGCCAUCAGAACAAUGCAGUCUGGAGGGGUCUGGAACACAGGGCAAUAUUGUGAUCAUAAUGGAUGAAGAUAAAAUCAAGAGGAGGAAAAGAACAAGCAGCAGAGGCAAGCUGGGUGACCGGUUUAGAAAGCCAAGCUCCAGACUACCAAAAAGUCGAGUAGGUGAGGAAAGACUUGCAAUGACUGAGGUAUCUGUGCCGAACAUCAGAUCUGAAAAACAUGAAGAAAGUCACUCUGUUGAAAGCAAUGAUCAAGAUUAUUUUAAUCUGAUAUCAGAGGGUUUUGAAAUACUCAAUAUAGUUGUGCCAUCAAAGCUACAGACUGUAGAUGAGGAAGAAAGCACUGAACUGGCAGAGAAUUUAUCCUACUUGGAGGACACACCCAAAAUAAAAUCCAAGUAUAAGCAACAUGAAGCUCAAGCUCCAAGCAGUCCUUGGAACAUAGAGAUCGACAUCCAAGAAAUAAAGCAGAAUGAGAUCUUGAAAGAUUCGUCUGAGAUCUCCACUGAUAAACAACCCAAGAAGGAUGAAACUCAAAUGGACUAUCUUGAAAAGUUCACACUGUUGGAUGAACACGCACCUAGUGAUAGCACUACACUGACAGAGAAGCUUAUACCAGAAGUGACUGUCCAGCCAGAGGAACCUCUGGUUAAUCAGAAUGACACAACAGCAGAUGAUGCUCUUGAUGAAUCCUUUGUCAUCAUCAGUGAUGUUGAAAUGUCAGGAGAACAUCUUGAUGAAGUAUUCUACGGAAGUAGCUUCAAUGAACAGCCUAAAAUUCCUCAAGAACGUGAAGACAGAGAUGGAGAUAAAGCAAGCUCUAAAACUCUCAAAGAAAGUGGGUCAGUCUUAUUUGGAAGUCAGGAAUGUAUCCUCACGCCUGUAUUCCUCCCCACUGGACCUCCGAAGAUCAUAGAUCUUGUACUUCUUGAGGAGCCACGAGCAAUGUCAUUCCACUACUCAGACCUUUAUGAGGAUGCAUUGGGAGACAGGAAGAAAGAAGAUGACUUCUCAGAUACAGAGAGUGUAGUUUCAGAAAGGUCUUUCAAAAGGCGAUAUUCAGAUUCAGACGAUGCAGAUGGCUAUCUGGAGAAAUUCAUAUUGAAGGAUGAAACUCCGGUGGUUGACAAGGUAUCUGAUGCCAGAAGGGGAAAAGAAGAGGAGGGAUUAGCAUGGUCACAAAGUAAAUUUGAACUAACUGGAUGUUUAGCAUGUGCAAAAGAUGAAAAUGAUGAAGUAACUGUCAGCCAAUCAGGCGAGAUGGAUAAAAAUGAAAGCAUCAGCGAAGAGGAGUGUAAGUCCACAGGGUGUUGUUCACAAGGACAUUGUGCUCCAGUGGAAACGGUCAUUAGGAAAACAGUCACAUCAGAGGACUUAGUCAUGAAACAGGGUACAGAAGAUAAAAACCAAUGUGAUGUGACUGUCAUUACCAAGAACAGUCUCACAACAACAGAUUAUUCCGAUGACAUACAACCUAAAAAAUUUGCUCAGGUACUUGUGCCAGAAAGCAAAUUUACCAAUAAAAAUGAAGAACAAAAAAAUCAUGAACACAGUGGACAAGAUAAAACAAAGCAGACUGCUGAUAUCGAAGUCCUUGGUUUAGCACAUGAAGAUGUUAUUAAAACUAAAGACGGAUUUGAAAUUAUAUCUAUAACAAAGGAUUCGGAGAAAAUCCAGGCUGAUGUACCUCAUGCAUUUGAAGCAAUUGGUAGUUCUGAGAACAGUGUUGGGAAACAUCAAGAAGCAACUGAUGUACUUGUUGAAAUUGAGGAAACAAUUAUUAUUACCAAGGAAGACAAAGGCAAGGAUGAUACAGCCAAGACACAAAGCAAAGUUCUUUUAGAGCCAAAUACAACUGUGAAUGUUUAUAAAGAAAUCCCUGAAAUAGUAAAAAGAGAAAAUCCAGAAAUAUUUGCUCUGGAGAUUAUUAGCACCAAAGAACCUCCGUUAGGUAAAACAGAACCCAAAGCUGAAGAAAUACGACCUUUGAAAGUGGAGAAAGAGGUCAAACCUUCAGAAGAGUCUGAAAUAAUUUCAAAAACACAUGUUACUGAAGCUGAACUUUCUGCAAAAUCCUUAGAAAAUGCCUCUGAGGUCUGUAAAAAAAGAGAAAUAUUAGCUAUUAUUGAGGAUAAAGGGAGUGACAAUGCAAGUAAAAGAAUGAUACCCAAGAAGGAGAAACUAGAGCAAGUAAUUGACAAAAUUGGUGAUGCUCCAGUGCAAGAGGUUGAGGGCUGUAUUGGUACAUCAGAGGUGAUAACAGAAAUUGAAAUAAAGCCAGAGCCAGAAUCAGUGCAUAUAACUUCAGAACAAUCACUUCCAAGUGAAACCAAUACAACAAGCAUUAAGCUUCAGACUAAACUUGAGAUUGAAAGUGGAGAUGAAUGUUUGGAGAAAAAAGAAGUCAGUGCAAUACACAAGAUCACAGAAGUGGAAGUGGGUGCAUAUAGGCCUAUAAAUGAGGCAUCAGUGCUUAAGCAAAGGCUUGAAAAGCAAGAAGGACAUAUGGAUAUACCUGAGAUUGAAACUGAGGUUACAAGUAAACAGGCAAAUGUUGAAGAAUUCAAGGUAGAUGUUACAGAGGAAGAAAAGAAGGAGGUUGUCACCAUAAAAGAGACUGUUCAGAAUGAGAUACCUGCUGAGAACAGAGAGACUAAAAAAGAAAUGGUUGAUUCAAGUCAAGGAUAUAGCUGGACAGAAUUAUUAUUAGCUACUGAAAUGGAGCCUCCUGCUGAGGUAAGCAUAGACAUAGAGAAAAGCCUAAUAGAAUAUGCAGAAGAUGUAUCAAAAGUGAGACUAUCACCUAUACCAACAAAAGCAGUACAGGCAGAAGAACAUAGUACUGUAAAAGAUGUAACCGCAGGCCAUAAAGUCUUAGCCAGAGCGAUCCCUGUGAAAGAAACUUCUACUGAUGGGAAAAAUAUUGAGAAUAGAAUGUCACCUGUGGUGUCAACAGAAAAUGUAGAGGGAGGAUGCGAGUAUGAGAUACAGAAAGAACAUAUGCAUGACACACAGAUUGAAGAUAUAGCAGACCUACCAGAGCCUCCUUCACCAGUUGAUGAAGAGGACCCAUCAACAAUGAGAGUUUCUCCUUUAGAGCCGGAGGUUUAUGAGGAUAUAACCAGAGAUGGAAGCCUAAGAAAGGAUAAAGGUAUUUUCUCACAAUUGCGAAGUUUUGCCCCACAAGAGGACCUCUCAGCCUUUAGUGACGAGCCAGAUUUGGUGCAGGAUAUUGCGGAUAAGCUUGAUUUUGAGAUGAUUACGGAACAAGAAGCAAGACAAUCAGAACAAGCAAUAGCUAAGGUCAAAGAGAAACAAGUUGCAGAUCAAGCUCUGGAAACAAGCUUUGAUUUUAUAGAGGAUUUAGAUGGUGGCCAGAUGUCAGAAUGUGAACAUCGAGAGGAGAUUGAAAUUCAACCAAUGGAUGCAUUCUGCCUAGAAUGUCAAUGCCCAAUACUGUUUAGUGAUGCUGAGCAUCAAAACCAUGAGACAUCCUCUUUGGACAAAGCCUUUGACAGUAUUAAGAAUCAGCUGAGUGAAUGGAUAUCAGUUUUACAAGGAAGAUCGGAGGAAAUUGUUGACUUUGUAUCUGAACUUGAGCUGAUGUACAACACAGUGGAGGAGAACUUUAAUGAUUGUGAGAAGAUCAUCAAGGAGCACAAUGAUGAGGUGCUGAAGAUGGUCAUGGACCAGUAUAAUGAGAUGACUCAAGCCAUGGAGGAGGAGAAAAAAGCCAAGCUGGAGCAGCUGUAUGACCAGAUUGUGUCUUUCCAAGAGAAUAUUGACAAAGCCAAAGAGACUAUGGAGAUGACAACAAAGGACAUUGAAGAGACGGACCCAGUUAAGUUUAUUCCUUCAUCAAAAGAUAUCAAUAUGAGUUUGAAUACAGCUUUGGAAUCCACCAUGUCACUGGAGCUUGGUCCGCGAGGUCUGCUGGUUUUUGAGGAUUAUGCCAAGGGCAAAUCAGGCAAUGAGAAGAAAAACAGACAAGCCAUUCCAGUGCCUCAAAAACCACAUCUUCAGUCUCAAGAGGCCAAUUCUGCCACCAGCACUUCCGUCACUGUGUACUGGAGAGUCAAUGAGGAUGACAUUAUUGACUGCUUCCAAGUCUACUGCAUGGAAGAGCCACAAGGAGCUAUCUCAGAAGAGUACCGGGUGACUGUGAAGGAGAGCUACUGUACUCUAGAAGAGCUGGAACCAGAUAAGUGUUAUAAAGUGUGGGUUAUGGCGGUGAACUAUACGGGCUGCAGCAUGCCGAGUGAGAGACUACCCUUCAGAACUGCCCCCUCUAUACCUGUGAUCCAGAUGGAGCAGUGUACUGUGCUGUGGGACUCUGCCACACUGCAUUGGAGCUCUGUUCAGCCCAGUGCUGUGGACAGCUUCACACUGGAGUAUUGCCGCCAGUACGCAUGUGAGAGAGAAGGACUGAGAUCUAUAUCAGGGAUAAAAAGCUAUAACCAGAGGGUCCUCCUUCAGCCCAAUGAGAAUUACCUCUUCUACAUCAAAUCAGUGAAUGCGGGCGGAGCCAGUGAGCAAAGUGAAGCGGCCCUGAUCUCCACCAGAGGUACGAGGUUCCACUUCCUCAGUGAAACAGCUCACUCAGUGCUGAAGGUUUCAGAGGACAAGAACUCCGUAGAGUUCACACAGGACACCUACAAUAAAAUGUCCUCAAUUGUUGAAUGUCCAUCUGUUAUGGGUGAGCUCCUGCCUUCACUUGGAUAUUAUUACUGGGAGACAGAGGUGUCCAGGUGCAAGGCCUACCGCAUCGGCAUUGCAUAUAAUACAGCGUCACAAAGCAGCACAUUGGGGGAGAACAGCACCUCCUGGUGUUUGCACUGUGUACCUACAUCUAUAAGCUGCAGAUUUGAGCUGCUUCAUGACCAUGUGGAGUCUGACAUCUUUGUAAUGGACGUACCAACACGUAUCGGCACUCUGUUGGACUACAGCCACGGUCUGCUCUUCUUCUUCAACGCCCAGACCGGGCAGCUCUUGGGCACUUUUCAGCACACUUUCACUCUGCCGUGCCACCCUGUCUUUGUUUUAGAGCAACCGGGUAACCUAGAGCUGAAAAUGACCAUGGACGUGCCAGAGUUUGCCAAGCACUGCUAGUUUACAUUACUCACACCUCUAUGAUCUAGAUGCAGUGAUACAUAGAUUUGUUUUUUUCAUUGACUCGUUCUUAAAGGUGCACUCAGUAAUUUUUUUUAAGUAUGUCAAAGAGGCUUACAUUGGCUUACACUGACACCUAGUGGCCUGGAUGCUGUAUCAUUCAAGUAGUUUUCAGUUACCAAUCCCAAUGUAGAAAUUCCCUAUGCACAGUAAACCAGGAAUAAUUUAAUCCAUAAAUGAAAGUGUCCAAUAUUAGGGUAGUUUUCUGAGAUUAAGCAAGUAGUAUUCAGCUGGUCAUGUGAUGAUAACAUGGCUGCUCCCAUGAUGCGCCCCUGCCCCAUUGAGAAUAAAAGAGCUUUUAUAAGAUUGCUGAUAUAACUGAACUCUUAAUCUCACAUGAGUGGUCAUGAUUUUAUACAUAAGUUUCAAAAUUACUAAUAAUUUCUUUAGAAGUAAAACUUUUUAAAUGAAGGAAAAAAAAUAUGACUGAGUGAACCUUUAAUUAUCCGGGAUGCAAACUACUCACCUUUCAGCUAAAGUCACCUAUUCUGAAGUUAAUUUGCCCAAAUUGGUUGGAAAAUGUUCUACAUUUUUCCUUAUUAAAAUCACUUGAAAGGGUUACUUUAAGCUUAAACACACACACAAAAAAAAAACUAAAUAAAUUAUAAAAAUAACAAUCCAAACAAAUAAACAGAAAUUAUACAUCUGGAACGCCUGCUAUGACUCUCUCACCUUUUUACCGCUCAUGAGUUUGCAUCCCUGAAUUAUAUAUGAAACCAUAUUUUGCUGGCAUGACUGAAAGGAUUUUGAGAAAUUGUUAAUUUUGGCUAAUUUUGUGAAAAGAGGAAUUCCUUUUGAAGCUGUGCUUUUAAAUCCCUCCGAAACUAGAUUUGUGGUAUUGAGCUGUUGCGUUGUUUUUGUAUAUAUGAAACAAAAUGUGCAUGCGACAAGUUUUAUUGUUAUAUUUGAUCAAUCCAGGUUCACUUGAUGAAAUAUAAAUUAAAUGUCAGUUAAUUUAUUUUGGAAGCUGCAAGCUUUCACUUAGAUUGUUUGAAUAAAACAGAUGUUAGCAAUAGAAAUAACUUCAUAGCUGAAUUCUCCCUCCGAUAAGACGUGUUUUGAAAUAAUGGGCAAGGCGUUAAAAAUGAGCAAUGAAAAUGUUUUUUUGGGUAGUAUGUACUCUAUUUUCGGUUGGAAAUAUCACGUUUUUAUUUUACAUUGGUGCAGGUGAGAAUCUCUCUUAAUCAUAUACAAUAACAGAAGAGAAAUUCUUAGUGAAAUAAAAUGCUAAUUUUGGUUUUCACUUCCAUGGAUCAUCAGAGCAUGAUUGGCCUAUUUAUUUUUUCUUUAUCUUCUCUUAAAGGUCUAGAAUAGUCGAAAUCAGUUAUAGUUGCAUACAAGAAAAUAGAUUUCAACCAUAUUUGUUGUCUAUCAUUUUAUUUUCAGGUUGUUUUUUCUGUUUUGUAAAACUAUUAUUUUAAUUUUCUUUUCAAUUUGAGUGUUCGUUUAAACAUUUAGUUGUGGUAUAAAGUAGUUUACUUGUAUAUUUAUUUGUAUUUUUGAAAAUGACGACUGAAUUAUAGUUUUAAAAUGUUUGAACAUCAGAGACAUUUAUCAGACAAAGAGGAAUUCAUUUUUUGGGUGCAGAAUUAUAUAAACUACAUUGUAAUUAAGAUUAAGGCUAAGAUAAUAUAGACCAAGAUUAGUUGAUCUUCAAUUCAGCUGAGUCAUGUACUCAUGCAUGUCUGAAAGUAUUGUGAAACAAAAUUAAAUGUAAUUUUUUUUAAUCAUAUCCAUAGUGCAAUGCAAUAUUGUUACAAUUCGGUGCCCCUAUAGGCCAUGACUCAUUUAUUGUUGGCAUACACAUCAGUUUAAAUUAUGGUAUUUUUUUUUUUAGAGCAAAUAAUUUUUAAAACAUCGAGAAAUUCCACAGAAAUGCACCCAGAAGUGUCUUACAUAUGGAUUGUGAAAGGUGGAAUGAUACACAGCAACAUUUGUGAACAGUAAAAUCAGGCAGAUGGUUUAAUGCAAUGUCAAAACACGCUGCCACAUUACCAAAACUUUGAGUUAACUUCCCAGAAACAAAAAGUGGAAAGAACAAAAUAACAAGGGAAAACAGGACCAAAUGCACUUUAUACAGAUGUUUAACACUUUUAACCCCAAUCAAAUGGAAAGGUCAAUUCAUCGAUUAGCUUGGUUCCUUUAUUAAUCUGUAAACUCGAUUUCUUAUCAUAAAUAAAAUGUCAAAUGCUUAUAUAAAAAUUUAUAUUUCACUGUCCUAAUAACAGCUGGCCACCAAUUUUGAAAACAAACCAAUAAAAAAAAAAACUGGAAAAAGGAAAAGGACAGCCAAACAAAGUGGUAAAUUCUCCUGUAUCCUUUUAUUUCCAUCCUGUUGAGGGAAUGUGAAUUUGGGGAGUGUUGUGUUGUAAUAGCUUCCAUGUGGCAUCCAUACAAGUAGUCUAACAGCGGUCUCUCUAUUACUGCCAAAUUAACGGAAAGUUGUGCUGUAUUUCAAAAAUCAUGAAAGUCCCAGAUUUGUCAGGAUGAAGCUACUAUCCACUCUAUUAACCCAGCAUGUACACUGGCGGCCAAAAGUUUGGAAUAAUCUACAGAUUUUGCUCUUAUGGAAAGAAAUUGGUACUUUUGUUCACCAAAGUGGCAUUCCACUGAUCACAAUGUAUGGUCAGGACAUAAAUUACGUGAAAAAUGACUAUUACUCAGAAUGUCUUAAACUGCUUCAAAGAGUUCUCAUAAAAAAAUCCUCCACAUGCAGCAAUGACAGCUUUGCAGAUCCUUGAUAUUCUAGCAAUCAGUUUGUCCUGAUACUUUUGGCAAACCUGAUACAGUUUGUCACCCCACGCUUCCUGUAGCACUUGCCAUAGAUGUGGCUGUCUUGUCGAGCACUUCUCACACACCAUACAGUCUAUCUGAUCCUACAAAUGCUCAAUGGGGUUAAGAUCCAUAACACUCUUUUCCAAUUAUCUGUUGUCCAAUGUCUGUGUUUCUUUGUCCAGUCUAACCUUUUGUUUUUGUUUUUCUGUUUCAAAAGUGGCUUUUUCUUUGUAAUAUUUCGCAUAAGGCCUGCACCCCUGAGUCUUCUCUUUUCUGUUGUACAUGAAACUGGUGUUGAGUGGGUAGAAUUCAAUGGUGCUGUCAGCGGAGGACAUUUGAGGCGUCUAUUUCUCAAACUAGAGACUCUGAUGCACUUAUCCUCUUGUUUAGUUGUUCAUCUGGUCUUCCACAUGUCUUUCAGUCCUUGUUAGAGCCAGUUGUUCUUGGUCUUUGAAGACUGUAGUGUACAUCUUUGUAUGAAAACUUCAGUUUUUUGGCAGUUUCAAGCAUAGCCUUCAUUCUUCAAAACAAUGAUUGACUGAUGAGUUUCUUGAGAAAGCCGUUUCUUUUUUGCCAUUUUUGACCUAAUAUAAACUUGCCAGUCUAUUGCAUACUGUGGCAACUCAAAAAUAAACAAAGACAAUGUUAAGCUUCAUUUAACGAACCAAACAGCUUUCAACUGUGUUUUAUAUAAUGGCAAGUGAUUUUCUAGUAUCAAAUUAGCAAUUUAUCAUGAUUACUCAAGGACAAAGUGUUGGAGUGAUGGCUGCUGGAAAUGGGGUGUGUCUAGAUUCGAUCAAAAAUGACUUUUUUCAAAUUGUGAUAAAAUUGCCUACUGAUUUUACCUCGGUAAUGUCCUGACUAUACUUUGUGAUCAGUUGAAUGCCACUUUGGUGAAUUAAAGAACCAAUUUCUUUCCGAAACAGCAAAAUCUGUACAUUAUUCCAAACUUUUGGCAGCCAGUGUACAUCUUUCACAAAUGAAUCUACAAAAUGUACAGAUAAAGUUUAGAAAAUGAUCAAAUCAAAUUUAUGUUUUAUUUUUCAUAUAUCAAAAAGAUAAUGUAACAAAUCAGAUCAAAUCUAGACAGGAUUCAAUACUUUCACACUGAAAUUUCAUGUGACGCAACUGGCUGUCAAACAUAUAAUGCGGUACGCAAAGCACAUAAUCUACACAUAAGUAUUUUCUCAGGCACAUAUUUUGUCUAAAUAGAUUGACAACUUACAUGAUUUCAGUAGUACACCCAAAUGACAAUAGUCAUACCAUACUGUUCAUGUGUUGUACUUGCUAUAGUGUAUAUAUAUAUAUAUAUAUAUAUAUA